AUGGCGAUUCGAAGAUUCGUUUGCAAAUGGGGUUCUCUGGUUGAGAUUUUCUCGGACAACGGAACCAAUUUCGUGGGUGCCAAUAGUCAAUUACACGAGCAGAUGAAGACGAUUAACGAUGCGUGCUGUGAGACAUUCACGGACGCGCGGACAAAAUGGUCGUUUAACCCUGCCUCUGCACCUCACAUGGGAGGUAUUUGGGAACGGAUGGUACGAAGCGUGAAAGAGACGAUUAGAGCGUUGGACGACGGUCGUAAACUCAACGAUGAGAUCCUGCUGACAGUGCUUUCGGAAACCGAAGAUAUUAUUAAUGCGAGACCACUCACCUAUAUGUCGCAGGACCCCACCGAAUGUGAAGCGCUCACGCCAAACCACAUUCUGUUCGGAGAAUCUGCCAGGACCCACACUGAGCUGAGGGAGCCCGUUAAUUUAGCCGAAGCGCUGAGAAGCAGUUACAAGCGGUCGCAGUUUCUGUCUCACGUGGCCUGGGACCAUUGGCUGAAGGAGUACUUUCCAACCGUGAAUAGAAGACCAAAAUGGUUUGAAGAAGCAAAGCAGGUGAAAGUCGAAGAUUUGGUCUACGUAGCUGAAGGUGGUCGCCGGUCGUGGGUCCGCGGUAGAGUUGAGGAAGUGAUUACAGUAGAAGAUAGACGAGUGCGGCAAGCAGUCGUACAAACGACGACUGGUCGACUUGUGCGGCCCGUUGUGAAGCUGGCGGUCAUGGAAGUGACUAGUGGACCCUACGCGGAUACUGGGUUCCCCGAGGAUCCACGGGGUGGGGGAUGUUCUGGCGACACUGCAGCACUCGGAGUGAGCGAGUAA